GUCCACUCAACCUAAAAAUCCCGACUAACAGGAUUUAGGGCGUACUGAUCAAAGUUCAUUUCUGCAGAGAGUAUUGUGUUGAUCACCGUUACAAGCAAUAGUAUAGUAUCCUGACCCGUAUACUGACCCCGUUCACGUUCCCGUUGGCUAGUCUCAUUUCUGGUAUUGAGCUCCAGUGCUCUCGUACUAUCCUAUACAAGUCAUACAUUCACAUCCUAUACAAGUCAUAUAUUCACACAGGGUCGGUGGUUGUAACUCUCAACGAUAAACGAUGUCGAACUCCGAAGAAGCACUGAAAUACUUUGCCACCUAUGCAGGGCUGGUUACCGUCAAGAUGAUGAUGCUUGGACCACUGACUGGAUUCUAUCGGACAAGAGACUCGGCAUAUGCGAACGAGGAGGAUUUCGUUCUCACUGGUUUGAAAGAUCGACGACCAGUUUUCAAUCACCCCAUGAUAGAGCGUAUACGAAGAUGCAGCCUGAAUGACCUUGAGAAUAUCGUACCCUUCUUCAUCAUCGGGGGACUCUUCGCCGUCUUCUCUGGCUCUCCUCUCAGCACGAUCCUCUGGCAUUAUCGUAUCUUUGUCGCUUCCAGAUUCUUACACAGCAUAGCAUACCUGAUACCCCUGCCCCAACCGUCCAGGGCUCUUUGUUACUUUGUUGGAAUUGGCACCAACCUGUCCAUGGCCAUCCGACUUCUGAUGAACACCUGGUUUCUUUAAGAUGGAACAGAAUGAACUUAUACCUUUCUUUUAUAAAGCGCCUUUUUAAGAUAUUAAAGAAAAAGGAAACUCAGUAUGACACGAAUAAAAUUGAGUACAAACAAAGAAAAUGCAAAGAAAAUUAGAAAAUAAUGGCUUCAGAACUUAUCAAUAAUUGUUAUUACAGUCUAGCAGUUCUUUUGUUAAAGUGGUGAAAAAGGUUCAGAUCUUAGGAAUGGUGACUGAAAGCAAGAAAAGAAAACCACCCUUUGUAAUUUGUUUGAGAACGUUAGAUUUUUCCCAUGUCAAGAUUUGACGGAAAGUAAAAAAUAAAAAACGAACAGCCAUGGCCUGAA